AUGCAGCCCGUGCCGGACGACCUGCCCUCCAUAGUGUGCACAAAAUGGGGCUCGAUGCUGCUGGAAAUACAGGGAGAGCUGAAUCUGCCCCCGAACAAGCCUGAGGGUCUCAACGAGCACGAGGAGAAACUGUUCACGAAAUUCGCGUACCCAAGCCUCGUGGCAGAGAACGAGCGGCUGGUGCGCGACGCGGUCAAAUUCGGGAGGCUGGAGAUCGAAAAGGACAUGAACAGAGCGACGCUGUACAUCAGCACGUCCCAGCGUCUCGUCGGGACUGUGGAGACGAUCGACCCGCCGUUGGGACUGCUCAAGACAGACAUCGAUGAAACGGGCAAGUGCGAGUUUGUGGACGUGGAAAGCCAGACGAGCGGACGAUGCUGUUGCGCAGGCAAUGUAAUCGAUAGCACAAAUGUGAAACGAGGAUGCAUUGGCGAUAGGGAUUUGGCGAGGGCCUCUUUGGCCGGACAGACGUAUAUAAGGCGGGCUGGAUCCUGUUUGCUAUGCAUUAACAUCUUCACUUCAAUCGUUCCGACAAUGAUCUUUAACCGUGCUGCCAUCUAUGCUAUGAUUCUUGCUGUUGCCUACGCUGCUCCUGUUGCAGAGGCCGAGGCCGAGCCGCUGCCGGAGGCCAACGCCUUGCCAGGCUGGGGCUGGCACAGAGUGAACAGGAACGAGGUGAUUUUCAAGAGAGAGGCGUCGCCGGACGCUGAGGCUGAGGCCGGCUGGGGCUGGCACAGGGUGUCGCGCAACGAGGUGAUCUUCAAAAGAGAGGCCGAGUCCAGCUGA